AUGCCUCGACGUCUUGCGGAGAUCCCGCCUGACGACGAGUGGUCCCAGGAGGCUGCGAAAACCUUUUGGUGGGGAAACUGGAGGGAUCCUAGCAACUGCUUAUUUCCGUGGCUGUACGAAGAUGGACAGCCUCGUCCGCGAUACCCGAUGAAGGAUGACUGGGGUGUGCAACCAUUUCCUGUGGAUUAUAAUUCCGAGUGGGCUCGCGGCAGGCCCCAAUGGGAGGUGUACCUGGAUGCGUAUGAUGCCUGGAAUCGAGAGACCUGCCGCCUCAUCGAAGUGUACCGUCGCAAGGUGGAGGAGUUAGAUUACGAGGAAAGCGUGGAGGUUUACGAAGGCAAGUUUCCAGACGUUCCGGAUUAUCCCACAGCAAAUGCCGAUGUACUCGUGGCGGCGGCAGAACCUGAUGUUGUUGCCCGGAAACCCAGUGCAGCGAGGUUGUUGUAA